AUGUCCGACCCCACAAAAGCCGAGACGGAACAUGUGUUUAAGGUGCUCAAGGCGCAAAAAGCGAACAAGAUGUGUUUUGAUUGUCAGGCUCGCAAUCCGACAUGGUCUAGCGUGACCUUCGGCGUAUACAUCUGCUUAGAAUGUUCAAGUGUUCAUCGUAACAUGGGUGUCCAUAUCAGUUUCGUUCGAUCGACGAAUCUGGAUAGCUGGCAGCUGAACCAGCUCCGUACUAUGAAGGUCGGCGGCAACGCAUCGGCAACAGAGUUCUUCAACAAGCACGGUGGCGCGGCACUGCUCAAUGAUUCCGAUUCCAAGAAGAAGUACUCCAGUCGCGUCGCAGAGUUGUACAAGGAGGAGCUCGCACGACGUGUCAGGGAGGAUGCAGCUAAAUAUCCCGACAAGAUCUUCGUGGAAGGCGCCGAAGUCUCCGCAACACCAGUACCGCAGGGUGGUGAUGAAGACUUCUUCUCCUCGUGGGACAAGCCCGUAACCAGACCAUCAUCUGCCGCCUCCUCCAAGCCCACCUCGCCUCCAGUAAUUGGCAAAGCAGCGAGCCUCGGCACUGCCCCCCGCACAGUCAGCUCUGCCUCCCUCCGCUCCACCUCCACCUCCACCAUCGCGUCUUCCAGGCCUACGUCCAAGCUCGGCGCCUCCCGUCUGAACUCCUCCCCUGCCUCCGUCGCCAGCACCGCCUCGACCGCGGCGCCCAAGAAGUCCAAGCUUGGUGGGCUCGGUGCGAAGAAGGCCGCGACCCCAGUGAACUUCGAGGAGGCAGAACGCAAGGCCGCGGAGGAAGCGGAGCGCAUCCGCCAGCUGGGCUACGACCGCGAGCGCGAGAAGGCCGAGGCAGAGGAGCGCGCGCGCGUUGCGGCCGAGCAGGCGGCCGCGAACAAGGCGAAGUCUCCCGUGGCGAAGAGCACGCCUGUCACAUCGCCGGCGAUCGCCACGCCCAAGGGCAAUGCGCAGGAUUUGGAGCGGUUGGGGAUGGGCUUCAAGCGCCUUGGGUUCGGGGCUGUCCCUGCUGCUGCGGCGGCGUCUACGAGUGCGGCGGCUUCGGAGGAUGCGCCCACGUACGCCCGCGAGAAGUUCGGCAACCAGAAGGCGAUUUCGUCCGACAUGUACUUCGGGCGCAAUUCGUACGACCCACAAGCGGUUGCGGAGGCGCAGACGCGUCUCCAGUCGUUCCAGGGCGCGCAAUCGAUCUCGUCCAACCAGUACUUCGGGCGAGAGGAGGAGGAAGAUGCGGGCAUCGGCCACCCGACAGACGGGGGUUUGCUUGGGGACGGGUCACUUGCUGGUUUGGAGUUGGCUGCGAGGGAUGCGGUAACGAGGGUGCUGGCGAAUCCGGAUGUUCAGAAUGCCGCAGAGAGCAUUCGGGCUGGUGCGCUCAAGCUCUCUGACUACCUGGCGCAGAUGUCCGAGCGGUAG